AUGGUGCACCAGUGCUCCUUUCCCAUGUACGUGGUCAAGGUCUCAGACUUUCUGGACAUGGAGGGUGCUCCUGAGCCACACCACGUGUUGCGGCAGAAGGGCUUGCUUCACGAGUGGCAGAUGGGAAUGUUUGCCAUCUUCGUCUCGCACCAAUGGCUAGGCGCGAAGUUUCCGGACCCGUCUGGGCAGCAGAUGACCGUGUUGCGGCAUGCCCUACGGGCCUUCAUAGACGGAUCUAUGAAGGUGGAGAUAGAUCUCAUGCGCACCUUAGGAGAUCCAAGAGACACCACGAGCUACGAGCGCGUGGCCACUGGGUAUAUCUUCUUGGACUGGUUUGCGAUUCCGCAGAUUACCGAGAGAACCGAUGGGGUCAAUGAUGAUGCCACGAGAUCAGAUACAGCUCGAGCAGUUCAGAGCAUUCCAGCCUAUGUCGAAAGUUGCGACAUGUUCGUGGCGCUCGUCCCGGACCUUGUUCACAGUGAUACCGGGCUGCAAUGCAACUAUAGCACUUGGCUUUCUCGAGGCUGGUGUCGUGCGGAGCUGUGGUGUCGCGUGCUAUCAAAUCGUGAGGACACAAGGGUGAUCCUGAUCUUCUCGGGGAGGGAGGCGCUCUACAUCAUGCCUACAGACUGGCAGAGGAGCCUGAUCGCCGAUGGCUUGUUCACCGUGGAGAGCGAUCGUGCCGUGGUGAUGAAUCUUGGGGAGACGGCUUUGAGGAGCAAGACGAAGCACUUGAAUCAGUGGGGGCCCUUGACCGACUACCGCUUCCACUUGGCACAGGAGCCGAGGUUGCUUGGUCAACGGCAAGGAGGCUUCAGUCUUCAGAGCUUCUUGCGGCACUUUAAGUUUCCGAGUCUCCAGAGCGCCGUGAAGCAUGAAGGCGGCAUGACGGGCAUGCUGUGCGCAAUCGUCGCUGGCGAUGGUGACAUCGUGCAAACCUUGGUCCGACAUGGUGCGGAUGUGAACGCAGGUGUCCGCGGUCUGGUGCAUUUCGGGUACUCCGAUUCUCUAACUCUGCUCAUGGUUGCUGCUUAUAACUCUCAAGAGCCGCAGAUACUGUCCACACUCAUAAUGGCACACGCAGAUCCCAACCUGGCUUGCGUCUCCGAGACCGGGUCACGAGUGACCGCUGCAAUGUUAGCAACACGACCUGGCCAUGUACAGGUGUUACUGGAGAUGAAGGCAGACUUCGCCGCGUCACCCCCGCUGACGGGCGCGGUCGGCGCGGCCUCGGCCAGCACGGUGAAGGCCAUGUUGGAGGCCCGCUGUCACCCGGGCACCCUCGCUCAAAAUGGCUGGGGGCCCCUGUACGGCCUGUGUUUCGCUGGCCGUUGCAAUCCCGAUGCCCCGGAGAUCUUGCAGAUGCUCCUGUCCGCGCGCGGCGACGCAAAUGCUCCGGCCAAGCCGCAAGGGCUCCUCUACGAUGAGUGCAUGAAAGCGCAAGCUUGGGCUGCCCGCUGGGGGCUUGAGGGGUGCAGCGUCUACCAGCGUCAGAUGGCCUCCUUUCCAGGGGCCACAGCGCUGUCGAUUGCCGCCGUCACGGGCGACCAGAGGUUGGUGAAGCUGCUCUUGGAACAUGAUGCCGAGCAUCUUGCUAAUGAUCGGGGAGACAUGCCGGAAGACCUGGCGAGGGCAGCAGGGCAUACCGACCUGCUUCCCAUACUGUCGACCUUCUCUGUAUAG